CCUGGCUCUGGCUCUGGCUCUGGCUGCUCUCUGCCUGCCCUGAUGACUUACCAGGUCACCAUAUCGCACUAGCUCCAGAUUGAUGAUGAUGAUGAUGAUGAGGUGUCCCUAGGUCGGCGUGGUGCGUGGUGCGUGUGCGUGCGUUUUUAUCCGAGGGAAGCCUACUAGAGUUGCCUGCGAAAGAUGGUCCAAUCACACGCCAGCGAAAGCCUCGAAUUAUACAACCAGCACAGCCCAAGAUGCCGGGCGCACAGGGAUGGGGCUGUAGGAUGCUAUGUAAGAUACUAUGUAAGAUACUGUACCAGGAUACCACGCGUAUAUACGAGAAGACGAGAGCCUGAAAAGGCACCUGAGAAGAGUCGUCGGAUUCGAGAAGUUAGACUCGGUACACGUCCUGUGCAUGUGCAAGAACGAUGGUGCAGUGCAAAUGGGAAAGAUGAAGAAGCGAUGGAAGGAGAAGCAGAAGAGGAGGAGGAGAGGGAGCGGUCGGGAAACCGAUCAGGAAGACACAGGCAGAAAAGAGAGAAAAGACGAUCACGAAUCACACACACCCACACACACCUGCAUGUAUGCACAAAGCACAAUCUCUGCCCCUAGCGUCUGCGCCACCCUGCAGAUGUGAUGUGUGGACGUGCAUGUGGAACGGGAACGGACCUGGAGGAGGAGGAGGUGUGGGUGACUGUGGCACAGUCCAGCGACCAGCCUGGAGGGAGGGAGGUUUGCCUUCUCCCAUCAUCGUGGCGGCA